AUGUCCUACGCUCCACCUUACGGCGAUCCUUACGCUCGCCCUCCCCCAGACCGUCCACCAUACGACCCCUACGGGCGCCCACCGGCUGAUGGAUAUGACCGUCCAGCAUACGACCGAGGCCCAUACAGUGCACCCCCACCACUAGCUCGUCCCCCUCCAGGACCCCCACCUCCCCUGCCCCAGGGCUGGGGUCAGGAAUGGGAGCCCAGUACUCGUCGCGCAUUCUACGUAGAGCACGCCACUGGUCGCUCCCAGUGGGAGGCGCCUUAUCAGCAGCCUGGCUACUCUGGAUACAGUGAUGGCUCUCGCAGCGUUCCUCCUCCCGAGUCCCAGGGCUACUAUGCGCCUCCCCAGGGUCCGCCACCUUCGGGUUACGAUGAUCGUAGCCCUGGCUACUAUCAGGGCGAGCAGCAGCAUGAGAAGAAGAGCAGUAACGUCGGUGGCUAUCUCGCAGCCGGUGCUGCUGGUCUAGCCGUCGGCGGUAUUGCCGGUGCUGUGAUUGCACACGAGAUCGACGAAGAGGAUGAAAAGUCUGAUCUCGAAGAGGCUUACGAGGCGGGCCGUCGCGAUGAAGAAGAGGCCCAUGACUCAGAUCACAGCCACCACAGUGAUGAUGAUGGUGGUUGGUAA